UGGCACAUUCUGAUUGGAUCGCAUGAUCACUGGAAUGGAAACAAAAAAUGUGUCAAGAAACGCCAAAUAUCACGUGUAGGUUAGUCACAAGUUUCUUCCGUGAAAACAACUUCAAUCACUAAAAGUGAACAGUUCAAAUAAUGUUAAGAUAACAGUGCUCCAUUUUCCUCGAAUAAUGUCGGACCCUCCAGUAAUGGAGUGGACCGUGAGUGACACAGAAGUGUGGUUAAGAAAGGAAGGUUUCGACGAUACCGUUAUUAAAAUUCUUUGCCAUGAAAACCAACUCAACGGUAAAUGUCUUCUCGUCUUAAACGAACACGAUUUCGCCGCCGAACCUCUCAGCUCACUCACCCUAAGGGACAGGAAGUGUCUCUACAUAGCGUGUAAAACCCUCCAAAGAGACAACCAGAAUGUCUUGAUUGAUCUGGGCAUCCUCGAAAUACCCAACGUUAAUUUGUACGCCCCUCAGCAGCAUUUUAAUAAGCACGAUUGCAGCGAAUAUAGCGAAUCGGAAAGAAUAUCUCCACCUGUCUCUGAAGAUGGACGCAUACCAAGACUGCCUCCAGAAAAGACCAAAGCUUUUGUUAGUUUUUGUUACGUUGUUGGUGUUACUUGGAUCACCGCCUUUGUGAUGGUCAUAGUACAUGAUAGGGUUCCAGAUAUGAAGAAGUAUCCGCCUCUUCCAGACAUUUUCCUAGAUAAUGUCCCACACAUACCAUGGGCCUUUGAUAUGUGCGAAAUCACGGGAACUUUUUUGUUUUCUAUUUGGCUAGUUGUAUUACUUUUCCAUAAACACAGAUUCAUUUUAAUGCGUCGAUUUUUUGCGCUCUCUGGGACAGUUUUCCUGCUCCGUUGCGUUACUAUGCUCAUAACGUCCCUCAGCGUUCCAGGAGCCCAUCUCCAGUGCACCCCCCGAAACUACCCUACACAAAGCUCUUCUCUCUUCGGCGACUUGGCCACAAAACUAUCUCAGGCAUACGUCAUAUGGCGGGGCGCCGGUAUGUCAAUCCAAGGAGUCCGGACCUGUGGCGACUACAUGUUUAGUGGCCAUACUGUGGCAUUAACCAUGUUGAAUUUUUUCAUAACUGAAUACACUCCACGCCACAUUUAUUACCUCCAUACGCUCUCGUGGAUGAUGAACAUGUUUGGAAUUUUCUUCAUCUUAGCUGCUCAUGAACACUACUCCAUCGAUGUCUUCGUAGCGUUUUAUAUUAGUAGUCGAUUAUUUUUGUAUUAUCAUACUUUAUCUAAUAAUCAAGCGCUCAUGCAAAGAGAUUCCACAAGGACGAAAGUUUGGUUUCCGUUGUUUUCGUACUUUGAGUCAAGCGUCGAUGGCAUUGUACCUAACGAAUAUGAAACACCAAGUGAAAUUGUUUGCAGUUUAGUGAAUUUUAUUAAGAAUAAAUUGAGUUUUCUUAAAGAUUUACUGACUGUCAUAACGGUUAGAAGUAGCGAGACUGUUACUGCUAAUCAUGUGGUAGACCCAGUAAGAGAAAACAAAAAUAAAUAGUCUCCAAGUUUUCGUAGAAAAUUGUUAAUUUAUUAAGUUAUUUAUUGUGUAAAUAAAAGACUUAUUUAUAACGGUUAAUUUUUAUAACGUUUUACAAAUUGUUACAGAUUAUGAUUUAUGCCAAAGUUUUGUAUUGUCAAAAAAGUAUUAGUUUUUACGGAACUUUUUGCAUCAGUAUGAUUUAUUAUUUUAUAAAUGUUAAAUAUCCCCAAGCCUUCCACUACGAUUCCAAAUACUUUAAGGAACUGAAUGUAUGUUAUCUAGUUUUAACUAUUUUUCAUAUUUAAUUGAGUGAAUUACAUCAACUCAAACAUCAUACCUAGUUUUGUUUCUUGAUACAGAUAUUCUUCAACCUGUUAUUUUGAAAAUAAAUAUUUUUCUAUCUA